UUCCGCACUGACGAUCAUGUGGGCGUUAGUUGAAUACGGGUCUAUGUCACUGGUGUAGCACUGGCAGCAUUAUGCACUGGCGAUGUGUGAUCACAUUAUAAAUGUUGGUUCUCUAGUGUAGCUACAGCACCUGCCUACCUGUUGCUUGCUUAAUCACAGCGCAAUUCGGACUCAAGUUUUAGAAUGAAACUACGUUGGGGAAUCUGUUCAGCAGGGAAUAUCAGUAAUAACUUUGUGUCAGCUCUGAGUUCCCUGCCUUCAGAAGACCAUGAAGUGGUGGCCAUUGCUGCAAGGUCAAAGGAGAAGGCCAACAAGUUUGCAGAGAAACAUCAGAUUGCCGUAGCAUAUGAGGGUUAUGAAGCCUUAGCAAGAGAUACUAAUGUAGAUAUUGUGUACAUUGGUUCAAUAAAUCAAACCCAUCUACCCUUAUGCCAACUGUUUCUCAACCAUGGCAAGAAUGUACUGUGUGAGAAACCGCUUGGGCUCAACAAGAGAGAGGUUCAAGAAAUAAUUGAUCUUGCCAAAGAAAAAGAUGUCUUCUUCAUGGAGGGGUUGUGGACUCGUUUCUUCCCGGCUAUUGUCAAGCUUCAAGAGCUUCUUGCUGCCAAUCAUAUCGGACAAAUUAAGAUGGUUAGUGGAACCUUUGGACUACCCAUGGUUCAAGAGAGAGUCCAUCUUAAAGAGUAUGGAGGGGGAGGCCUGUUGGACAUUGGAGUGUAUCUUUAUCAGAUGACUUUGUUGGUAUUCGGCACUCCUCCACUGUCUAGCAGCACCAAAGGUUUCUUAACUGAUUCAGGUGUGGAUGAGACUACUGUGACAACUAUGCUGUUUCCAAAUAAAGCUAUGGCAUCCCUGACUUGCAGUAUCUCUCAGUUUCUGGACAAUGAUAUGGAAAUAAGAGGAACUCAAGGAUGCAUAAAGAUUAAAAAUCCGUUUUGGUGCCCGACUCAAUUGGAGGUGACUACAAAAAAAGGAACCACAAAUGUGCUGGACUUUCCACUUCCUAAAACGAAGGCUACCUUUCUUUUUGAAAACAUUGUUGGAUUUCAAUAUGAAGCUGAAGCUGUAAGGCAGUGCCUUAUUAAAGGUCUUAAAGAAUGCCAUGUUGUCAGUCAUGAUGAAAGUCUGUUAGUAGCAGAGCUUCUCCAGAAUGCACGCCAUGACGUUGGAUAUCUACUAGAGGCAGAUAUGCAAAAAGGACCUAUGACUUGUCAAUAGUCACCUCCAUAAUGAGUAAUACAUCAAAUCAUUUUUACCCAAAAUCAAGAACAUUUAUCUUCAAUGACAUUGUAAAAAACAAUUUGUUUUGCUUUUGAAAACCCACUAAAAUAUUUUGUUGAUUGAUGAUCAGUAGGCCAACCAAUCAGUACUUAGGAAACUAGGUUUAAUGUGGUGUUGUGGGGAUUCAGUUUGUUAAGUAACGGUUGUAUCUCCACUAAAAUAAAUAUCAAAUUUGAGUCUUUUCAUUUUUUAACAAGAGGUGACAUUUUAAUUAUGUUUAUGACCAACUUUUUAAUUGAAACAUUUAUAAAUAAAGACAGUGUGUGCAUUAUACUAUUAUCUACCAUCAAUGAGAUUGAGAUUGUUUAUCAACACCUUUAAUGGACUAAUUAUUAUACUCUGAUAUUAAUGGAAAUGCAACUGUUGGGGGUUUGUGUGAUAAUUGUUUUAGUUCAAAGGUAUAUAAUGGGUGUUUUUAAAGUUUGAAAUCGUGGGUGUUUUUUGCACAGAUGACAAAUCCUGAAAACUGUAUGUGUGGAGAUAAAAGCCUCUUAGCUAAUUUCAUUAAGCACGAAAGUAGCUUGCUUAUUUUACACAUUUUACUGGACAAAAUUUCAUGACAUAUACAUUGCUUGUGACUGAUAGUUAGCUG